AUGGCCCAAGGACAAAUCAAGAAAUCGUCCAAAUCCUCCACGAAACUCUCGGCCUCUGGAGGAAUCACCAAGAAGGGCUCGCGGACGAUAACCCCCAAAAAGGCGAAAUUGUUGAAGCAGGCCAAGUUGAACAAGAAAUAUACGGCGGGGCUCACCGCGAAGACAGAGGCCAUGCUCGGUGCACGUGCUGGACAUCUGGAAAUGCUGGGACAGACGAAGAAGAAGGACGGCGCCACUACAGCCAACGGCAAGGGAAAAGAGGGAAAGAAGAGUGGGAAGAAGGCUUGA